AUGGCACCUGCAGCACCAAUUCAAAACGAACAAGAAAAGGUUCUUGUUAACCUCCCCCCAGGGACGGGGCCAACCGUCUACAAGGAAGCUUAUGAUAAUGGCCCAAGAUCCUACGAGAGAGAGAUUAGUCAGAAGGAUACCGCUCCUCCACCAAAAUAUCCCAAUUAUCUUCCGACAUGGAACCCAGAUGUCAAAUACGCUCCAUUGACUCCAUUUGAGCAUUAUGACCAUGGAAAGGAUGCCGAUCCAACAUUCCCAAAUCUUCUCAAAGGCGCCAAGGUUACGGAUCUUACUAGCAAUAUUGGAGCCGAAAUUGAAGGGAUUCAGCUUAGCCAACUCAAUGAUGCCGGAAAGGAUGAACUAGCCCUCUUUGUUGCCCAAAAGAAGGUUGUUGCCUUCCGAAACCAGGACUUCGCAGACCUCCCAAUCCAGGAGGCUCUAGACUUCGGUGGUUACUUUGGUCGUCACCACAUUCACCCCACAUCUGGUGGUCCAGCUGGACACCCUGAGGUUCACCUCGUCCACCGCUCCGUCGACGACACAUCCGCCCAAGAUUUCCUCAGAGAGCACUCUAACUCCCUCACAUGGCACUCCGAUGUCACAUACGAAAAGCAGCCACCCGGAACUACUUUCCUCUACCUUCUUGACGGCCCACCAACCGGUGGUGACACACUAUUUGCAAACCAGGCCGAAGCAUAUAAACGUCUCAGCCCUGAGUUCCGAAAGCGACUACACGGCUUAACAGCCGUUCACUCGGCACACGAACAGGCUACUUCGAGUUUAACCCGGGGAGGCAUUGUGAGGAGGGAGCCGGUUACAAGUGUGCAUCCGAUUGUUCGGGAGCAUCCGGUUACAAAGGAGAAGGCGUUGUUUGUAAACCCACAGUUCACACGUUAUAUCGUCGGAUUUAAGAAAGAGGAAUCCGACCACCUCCUGAAAUUCCUAUACGACCACACAGCUCUAGGACAGGAUUUCCAGGCUCGAGUUAAAUGGGCACCUGGUACUGUAGUUGUUUGGGACAAUCGUGUAACAUUCCACUCCGCCAUUCUCGAUUGGUUUGAUGGUCACCGACGACAUUUGGCUAGAAUCACGCCUCAGGCAGAGGCUCCAUAUGAACCCCCAUUCGAGGGUUAA